AUGGCGACCUCGUCCCCGUCUGCACCGGUUCACCCUCUGCGCAUCCAAAAAGGAACACCAUCCACAUCACCUACAAAGAUGACAGGUUCCUCUCUUCCGCGUCCGCUUUCAGAGCUUGCUCCUACAGAGAAGAGGAGAAACUCUCCAAGCUACAAUCAAGCCACAAAGAAGAUGGUUCUUAAUCAGGACUCGUCUCCAUUCCAGUCGUCUCCCUUUAAUGCUUCUGAAGGCAAUUCGUCGCCACGACUAUUCUGGAACGGUCGCUCUCCCACUACGCCGAAUCGGAUCAACACAGAGAAUCUCUUCGCCGGAAGAGAAUCAUCACCAUCACCGACGCGCCGUUCUUCAAUCGAACGACUACAGAAGGCAUCCCGAGUAAAGAAUAGCAAUAUGUUUGCGAGGGAACAAAAGCAAGAGUAUGAUCCAGCGUCAGUACCAGUCAUCGAGCGUCCUUUGGCAAAGCAACUACAAGGAAAUGCAUAUGGUGGAGCUGGACUGGAUGGUCUUCGAUCCGCAGAGCGUGGUCGUGGUUUCGGACACCAGAGGAACGAUAGCAAGAGCAGCAUUCCUUUAUACAGUUCACUGUACAGCCCCAACAAAACACCUCUAAAGGCUAGCGCCAACGCACUCCACUCCCCUAGCAAAGACCAGAUAUCUCCCACGAAGUCGUCUUUAGCUUCAGGACGAUUCAAUGGAAAAUCUAGCUUCGACUCAGAGAACGGAACCUGGUCUGAUGAAGUCUCCGGGGAUGAGCGUCAACUCCCACCUGGCAGAAUUCUCCACAGACAUGCCAAGAGUGUCACAUUCGACGCAGCACCCCCACAGGUCAAUGAGUACGAGAUGGCUACACCAGACAUGUCCUCAGUUGGUACGGGAUCACGAGAGAACAGUUAUGAUUCGGGAGAGGAUGAAGACGAAGAUAGCUACAACCGAGGAGACUCUAUUGAGCAAGAUGACAGCUUCGACGCAUCUCUGGAAGAUACAGACAAAACUCCUGUGGUUGGACCGGACGAUUGGCGACAUGCUAGUCCCGGUGCACACGAUACUGGCAUUGUCUCCGGUAGAUUUGAAGACCCAUUUGAAGGUCCAGAAGGCAGCCCAAUGCCAGACGCUAGACCCUCUUCUUCUCUAGGACGACCAACCGCUAGUCGAACGGACUCGUUGAACUCCAACGGCGAGCAUCGACCUCUGCCACCUCUACCAGGCAUGGAUAACCACAAGCGAAGUGGUUCGACUUCUUCUACUGGUCUCUCAGCAGCUGCAGAGCGCGCUACUCAGAGAGGUCUUCCCUCUCCACCCGCCCCAGCGUCUAUCAGCAAGUCUGAAAUUCAAGGAAUGAGCGGUGGUAAGAUGACUCUGGAGGAGAGACUUCGCUUGAUGAUGAUUCAAGAUGAGGAGAAGCCCAAGACGGAGGCAGAGAAACAACGUGAGCGUCGCAUGAGGCGUGCUGGUGCUCGCGAACGCAGCAGUCAAACUCCAGAACGUGACCCGAUUCAUAUUCAUGAAGAUGAAGACACUCUAGACGACCUUCCAGGGUUGGGUACAUAUCAAUUGCCACCCCGAAUUUCUCGAGAGUCAAUCUUACGAAAAGUCAACGGCCAGGAAGCUUACACCAGAGAAUCUGACUACAAUUUCUCUUCUCCAAUGCCGAGUUCCAGCCCCGAGCGUCCUACGCCUCUUGAUCCCGACACUCCCAUUCCCUCGACAGAAGAUCAAUCAAUGAUUGAUAACGAGGAUAGCGUCAUUAUCAAGCGGGAACCAGAGGACGAGGAAUCGGACGUCGAUGUAUACUCGAUCCCUGAGAUGUACCAGCGCACGGAAUCACGUAUGGAUGACUACAACGAGAAUGAUGAGAAUCUAGUUGAGGAGUUGGAGAGCCAAUUUUCCGACCCUACCCUUCCCCAUCAGAGCCCCCAAAUGCAGUCGAGCAGUGCUGCAGAGGAUGAUGGACCGCCAACUCCACGACCCCAGAGCCCACAAGCCAAGGCAACCGACAUUGCUCCCGUCAAGCAGGACAAUAGAGAAUCACUGCCAGAAUUUUCGGGCUUCCUGUCGAACAACGACUUCGGUUUGAGCCUGCAAUCAUACAUGGCUCCAUCGCCACCUCCUAAAGAUGAGCAGCCAGCAAUUGACGCUCCGAAGAUGGCUCAAGCUCAUGAAUACUUGCAACGUCCGGAAACCCCUCAAGAGCGUCAAGUACCAGCAUACAAGCCAGAAUAUGAUGGCUCCGGCUGGGGGCCGGAAGAAGAGGACGAGUUCGAAGUCGGAACUCCAGAAUCUGUUAUUCGUCAUCAAGCACCACCGUCUCCGGCUCGUGAUUCGCCCAGCAUUCCCGAACAAGUCGCAACUAUCAAAUCUGCAUCUGGCUCAAAGCUGAAGACUCGACCCUCGGCUACACCUUCAGAUCUAAUUGUAAUGCGAGAAAUGAGACGCCAAGUUAGCGGUGAAACGCGAAAUAUCCCUCCAAUUCCUGAGCGACACCGCAACCGACCUUCUCUAAGUGCUGACAGAGAGCUGGAAGACCCGGAAUAUGUGAAUGCUGGUGUUGAGAGACAACCAAGCUUCAAGAGAUCCUUGACGCUGGACAUUGGUAGUGACAUUGGCCUCGGUCUUGAUCAGGACUUUGACCGAGUCAUUGAAGCCCAAAAGGUUGCGUUUGACCUAUCUUCUUCACAAUCCACCUCCUUCCACAAGAAAGGACAAGCGUCUGCCACCGACACUGUUUCUCAUUUCAAUAUAUAUGCUAACAUGACCCCCCGUAAACAGCGCGGUUAUCUCAUGAGACAAAACACAAAGCUUGUUGUUGCUAGCAGCAACGAUGGAAUGGGUGAAGAGUUUCGCGGCACAAGAUCAGCAGGUAAUUCUCCAAUCAAACAAGAUCGACCUCAAUCUUGGACUGUCGAACCUUGGAAUGGACAAAUGCGAAAGAACAGCAUCCGUGACAGAUCUGGUGCCCGAAAGAAGGCUACAACGGGACCAGUGCCUCCAAUGCCUGGUCAAGAGAGCAACGUUGCUGGAUUGGGAAUAGUCUCUGAAGAGUCUAUGGUAGAGCCUGUCCCUGAGGACGGUGGUGAGAGAGGUCGAUUAUUCGUGAAGGUCAUCGGUGUGAAAGAUCUUGAUAUGCCUCUACCGAAGAACGAACAAACCUGGUUCAGCCUCACCCUCGAUAACGGCGUCCAUUGCGUGACUACUGCUUGGCUUGAGCUUGGAAGAAAUGCUCCCAUUGGACAAGAGUUUGAGCUCGUUGUGCCCAAUGAGCUCGAGUUCCAACUAACACUGAACGCCAAACUUGUUAAGCCACCUCCCAAGCGAGUAGUUGAGUCGCCUACCAAGACUCACAAGGCUCAGAAGCCCUCAACUUUCAGUCGCGUGUUUGCAUCUCCGAAAAAGCGGAAGGAGCUUGAAAUGAGACAAAAAGAAGAAGAGCAGCGAGUUGCAGAGCAGAACCAGCGAGAUACGCAGGCCAAGAGGAUGUCCGUCCAACCAACCGCAUGGGAUCUGCUUUCUCCAUUAGCGGCUGAAGAUGGAAGCUUUGGUCGAUCCUAUGUUUGCCUCAAGGAUCAUGAGGCUCGAUGCUACGGGAGACCUUAUGUUGUUGAUGUUGCUUGCUUCAACGAAUGGGCUACUGAAGAAGCCAACCACAAGUCAAGUGUCAUGAGCAAGCGCGGGAAUACAAAUAUCCAACGACGAGCUCCAUACAAGGUUGCAAAGCUUGAGUUGCAACUUCUAUUCGUCCCAAAGCCGAGAGGUGCUACAGACGAUGACAUGCCCAAGAGCAUGAAUUCUUGCAUUCGUGAGAUGAAGGAGGCUGAAGCUGCAAAUGCCCGCAACUGGGAAGGUCACCUAAGUCAGCAAGGUGGUGACUGUCCGUACUGGCGUCGACGUUACUUCAAGCUCACAGGCAGUAAACUAACAGCUUAUCAUGAGUCAACUCGUCAACCUCGUGCUACAAUCAAUCUUGCCAAUGCUAGCAAGCUAAUUGACGAUCGCCGCACUCUAACUCAGAAGGAGACAACAGGCAAGAACGGCAAACGCCGCAAGUCCGGUUUUGCUGAAGAAGAAGAAGGCUACAUGUUUGUCGAGGAAGGUUUCCGCAUUCGCUUUAAUAACGGCGAGAUCAUCGACUUCUAUGCUGAUACGGCGAAUGAUAAGGAAGGCUGGAUGCAAGUUCUUGACGGGUGUAUCGGAAAGGAGGGCAGUGGUGCCAAGGGUGGCUGGUGUGAUCUCGUGCUCAAACGCGAGGGAAGCUUGAAGCGAAGAAACGAACAAGGCACCACCAGAAAGACUUCUCGAAACCACCAGCGAACCAAGAGCAUGGUUGUCUGAGGCGCAUGUGCCGUUACGAAUUGACGAUGAAUGAUGUCGAGAUGUUUUACGAUCGACGAUGUUAUUCUUGCUUCUCUUCUACCUCGGCUUGUCUUGGUGCGACUCUUUAUACGGAUUUGACUUCACGGUCACGAUUGCGUUCUGCCCUGGUGGCGUUUAUUUACAUGCAUAACAUCAGUCAAGGGAUGUUGUUCCUUUGUUCAAGUACAUCGGAGGUUUUUAUAGGGGAAGGAUACAAGAGACGUCAUGGGGCAGGCUGUGUCAAUAGGUGCGUUGGGGCGUAAUUACUGUUUUUGUAUUCGUGUUGCUUGUAUGGGAUGGAUUGCUGUUGUAUACAGUGUGACGAAGGAGAUAAUGAAAAGUUUAUCAACAUCACCGCG